CCUGACCUCCAAGAGCAAAACAACACAGAGCGGUCGUGAAAGUCGCUGCAGCACCUCCCGAGCCAAAGUCACUCCAGCUGCUCACGAGCACAUCCUCGAAUCUUCCCCUGCUCAAAUGCUAAUCCAGUUCAUAAAUCACGACAGUGCCCCAAAGCGCAAGGAAGUGGGUGGGUGGGUGUUACAGUGGAUUGACGAAUAUAUCAUUUCCUGCUACUUUACUAUUCGGUCUUUUCGCAGACAGUGUAUGCGUCUCUCUCCCAGCACUAGCUUCGGACUCAGAGCAGGAGAUCGACAAGCAUAACACUGGGCCAGGUACGUGCGACUCCCGUAAACUUUAACAAUGUGGUGGGCUGACCGUCACACUUGAGUGGUUCCAGCUUGUCUCCUGUGCCAGAGAAGGUCGUGUGAUCUGGAGCUGAGGCACCGGCUGAACAAUAUGUGAUUGGACGCGAACUACAUCGAUGGUGCGAGGCCAUGGCGAGCUGGUUGGUGGUAGGGUGUUCAUGCUUGCUUGGGGAAUAUUUCAUAAUCGAGCCAUGUGUCAUGAGGAAUUGUGAUCGAAGCCGGUACAUUAUAGGAGUCGAGACAUGCUACAUCAAUCAGUGAUCACUCGCAUACCUGUUCAGAUUGAGAAUCAUGUACGCGGUGAUAGUGACUCGAUACCGGGGUGGAGAGAAGCACGGGUAGAAGAUACCGCAUAAUAGUUUUCUUUACACCGAUGACCAGGUAUGAGGUAGUAGAACCAGAACGUGGAGUGUGGUGUGCCUCUGUUUAUACGAAUGAUCAUGCAUGGUGUGAGAUGACGAGUUUCGAGACCCAAUGCAGCAGCCACCGGAAGAUGGGAAGAACUGUGAGAUGGAUGGCCAAACAAGGUACACCUCCAAGAUACAGCGACAGGAAGCUCAUGCUAGUUGCAGCUGGUCUGGUAGCAGACGGUGGAUAUACCUCGGACUACCUUUCCAGAAUACUUCACCUUGAGGAUCCAUGAAAACAUGCAUCCGGUGGGGUCCAGAAUCUGCCGGCUUAGCACAUUUCAGAACAUUCACUCUCGUACUGCACACACUGAGGCUAAAGUACCCUGAGCCAGAGUAAAAUUGUUAUUUUGACCUGGGGUAUGAAAUCAUUGAAGAUUCGCUCCAUUUUCUGUGUGUAAGGAGGACCAUGUAUUAGAAAACCGAUAGAUGGAAAAGCUGUGACCCUUGGUCGAGCUACGGUGUUGUGCGUGGUAUAUAGAAAGUUCGCCUUCAGAAGGUGCGCGACUCACGCACUCAUCUUUCAUGCCACUAUUCAUGUCUUGACCGCUGUAAGGGAGAAGCGCGAGGACUGCUGCAAAUCUGUAAACAUGCAAAGGCUUGAUCCGAGCGCAAUAAAAUAUACUAUCUCAGCACAGUUCCAUGUUU